GGAAGAAGAAGUACCACAUGUCGGAGGAAUCGCCUCGCCAUGGCAGUCGCAUCGAACCUCACGAAUCUCCCAUCCAAAUCUCUAUAUCCGAUUCGUUCGCUCUCUUCCGGUAUCAUAAACUCCUUCAGAUUAGCCUUCGAGAGAUGUCCAAAACCGACACCGAUCGGGCGCACGUAUCGGAGAUCAACCGGAUGUUCUGUUCGGGCCAUAUCCUCCUCUUCCUCGCCCUCAUCUUCUUCGAGACUUGAGGAGACCGUAAAAACGACGGCGGCGGAGAACCCUGUCGUUGUAUACUCCAAAACUUGGUGCUCGUACUCGUCUGAAGUGAAGUCAUUGUUCAAGAGGCUUGGAGUUCAGCCACUGGUUAUUGAACUGGAUGAACUUGGUCCGCAAGGGCCACAACUGCAGAGGGUGCUAGAGAGACUCACUGGACAACACACUGUUCCGAAUGUUUUCAUUGGAGGGAAGCAUAUCGGCGGCUGUACAGAUACACUGAAGCUGUACAGAAAUGGUGAACUUGAAUCAAUGUUAGCUGAGGCCAAUUCCAAAAGCCCUCAGAGCUAAAGAGUAUGAUAUGACAAAAGCUCACUGUCUUCUUCUUGAAAAUUCAUAUUUAUGUUGUACGAACUCUGCAGUUACUCGAAGGGUUGUUGCAUAUAUAAUGUGGAGAAUCUCAAGGCUACCCUUCUUAUCCUCA